AUGAUCCAUGACAAGAUGUUGAGUUGGCAACUGGCAUCCCUGAUGAUGGCUCAUAACCUCAAAAUGGCCGUCACACUCGGUGGAUCUAUCGUUUGCUGCGGCGAGCUGCCCCAAAAACUCUCGAAUCAAUUUCUGAAGCCCCCCUGCUCUUUUGCCUCUCGCUCCGUCUUACCACCGAAGUCCCCUCGCCCAUCCUUAGUGUACCAAUCUUUCUCCUGGCAAGGAUCAGGCCGAGUGUGGGAAAAGCAUGGUUCUUGUUUCUGCCCAACAAGCGAAGUUGCCGGGCCAAUUUUGAGAGCUAUCAACCGGGGAAGCCCGUGCCUUAACGUUGAAAUUGAAUUCCAGGACCCGCAUACAGGCUCCCACAGCGUCGGGCUCUUCUGA